AUGGAAUAUGGGAGUAAUAAGAGGAAAAAACCUCUAUCUCCUCAGUCCAAUAGUAAGAGGAAACCUAGGAAGACAACAUAUUUUUUCAACCCCAAGAAUCAAUUAACUAAUGAUAAAGUUAAUCAUAGUAAUAACCUGAUCCACGGAGAUACGUCUGUACAAGAUGAUCCUAAGAUAGAAAGUCCUCCAAAGAAAAUCAAUGAUAAACCCCAUGACAUAGAGUUUAACACAUCUAUUACACAAAGUUCAGAUGAUAGUUUCGAAGGAAUAGGUAUAAAAUGGAAGAAAAGUCCUCGAAACCCUAGACUAACACCUAAAAAGCCUAGUCAAAUGUUAUCAUCAUCACCUUUAAAGAACGUUGUAGAAAGAGAUGAUGAUUCACCUGCACUUAUUAAUGAACAAGCUGAACUGAUGUUAGAGAAAUAUGGUUCAGGUUUCCAUAAUAUACUGUCACAAACCCCCAGACCCAAGAAGACCAUUUCUGAUCUAACUGGAGGUAUAAUACGAAAUCCUCCAACUUUACAACGAGCAAAAUCUUUAGGAUCCAACCCUAAGCCUAACAAGUUGAAGAAUUGGUUAGAUAAGUUGGAUUUUAAUCUGUUAGAGAAAGAUUCAGAGAUUCAGGUAGAUUCAGACAUUCAGGUUCCAGGUGAAAAGGAAAGAAAAAAUCAUGAAAGAGGUCAUAGUGUUCCAGAAAUCAACAAUAUAUUCGAAACUUCCAAGUCCUUAGAUAUAAAGCCUGAUUCUUCUGACCCUUUUUCUGAUGAUGAGGAAUUCAUUGCUUCUUUUGCACCAGUUAAAAUCCCUUCUUCUCCAACAAAAGUUUUAAAUAAAACCAUAAUUGAACAACCAGGGAUUAAAUUUGAACAAUCAAAUGAAAUCGAUGAAUUUGAUGAAUUUGAUAUCUCCGAUAAUUUGAAUAAUGUUCAGUUGAAAACCAAAUAUUCAAAUGAUAUUGAAGAAUUAGAGAAUGUUGAAGAUAAUUUCAUCGUUCCUAAUUCCACCAAAUUAUCUUAUUCAAGACCUGACUUGAAAAGGUUUCAAAUCAUAAGCAUUCUUUCUACUUCUUAUAAGAUUAAAGAUAACAAAAGAACUCAAUUGAUUGUUUCUGUUAAAAACAACCAAGACAUUGAAUCAAAAUUGGUAUUGAGAGGUGAGUAUACUACACUUAAUCUUGCUAAAGACGAUAUUAUCAAUGUUAUAGUAACAGAUGAACAGAAUCCACAUUUGGUGGAUGAUGACAGGAAUAUCUUGAUCUGGAAUCCUGAUGUUCUUGUUUCUGCCACUACAGUAUCACAACAAUUGACAUGUCCCAGAAAAUCAGUAUUAACUGACAGAUUCAAGUUUCCUGGCGAAACUAGCUUACCUAUAAUGAUGGGGUAUGUUUUACAUGAGAUCUUCCAAUCAUGUUUCAUGGUUGAUGAUUGGUCAUUGGAGAGAAUGAAUGCCAAAGCUGAAGAAUUGAUUAAAUUUUAUAAAUUAUCAUUCUAUUCGCUCGGUCAAGGUAAGGAUCAGGAAGCUUUACAACAGGUCAAAGAGACUUUACCUUAUUUACCCGAUUGGUUCAAUAAGUAUUAUAAAAAGCCGGCAAGAAACUCGAUUCCUGUCAUAGGAACCAGAGAUGAAGUAUCAUUUGCCAUAAAUAAGGCUUUGGAUAUCGAAGAAAAUAUAUGGUCUCCCAUUUUCGGAGUUAAGGGAAAGGUUGAUGUGACCGUUGAAGCAAGUAUAAAGGGUCAAGAUAAAAAUGGGAAAUAUCUUUUACCAUUGGAAUUCAAAACUGGGAGAGAAUAUUUCUCUCAUCAUGCUCAAUCAUCCUUAUAUUCCUUACUAUUUAAAGAUAGAUAUGAUUUGGAUGUCAAUUCAUUUCUUUUGGUUUACACUAAAGAGAAGAUGAUGAAAAUUGGGAACAUCAGAAGUGCCGAUUUGAGAUCCUUGAUUAAUCUUAGAAAUAGAAUAUCUGAAUACCUCAUGGAAGGAGUCAGAAAGCUACCUGAAGUUAUACGAACCACAUCUAUUUGUCAGAGAUGUGAUGUUCAAGCGGCUUGUAUGACAUUGCAUCUGAUAGUUGAAGAUGGAACUUCAGAAUCAAGUGGAUUACCCGAUGUUUUCCACCAAAUAUCCCUCCCCCUUCAGAAGCAAAUUUAUAAAGAUUUUUAUACUUAUUGGGAUUUAUUGAUUACCAAAGAAGAAAAACUUUUGAAAUCUUUGAAAAAGGAAUUGUGGACAAUGACUUCAAAACAACGUGAGACCCAAAAUGGUAAAGCUCUCUCGAAUCUUGUUAUAUCAGAUAUUAAGGAAACUAACGAGAGUCCUUACAAGUUCCAAUACAGUUUCGAAAGAUCCCCAUCGAGUGAAAUCAAUCAAUCAUUUCAAGCUACUCAACUUACUACACAUAGUAGGAUCAUGAUCAGUGAUGAAAGAGGUCACUUUGCUUUGGCUAAUGGAUUUAUAACUUCAAUCAGACCCGAUAAGGUUGUCGUGGCUGUAGAUAGAAGGGUUGUCAACUCUUCUGUUAGAACCAAGGAUUAUAACAAUACCAACAAUCAAGUGUUCGUGUCAGUAUUGACUAGUGACUCUAAGUUGAAUGAAAUAAAUCAUUCCAAUACAUACAGAUUGGAUAAAGAUGAUAUGUUUCAUGGUAUGGGCUUAGCUAGAUUCAAUCUUUUGAAUUUAUUCAUGCCCGAAGGGGACGCUUUAAGAAGGCAACAGAUCAUCGAUCUCGUUCCACCUAAGUUUAAUGAUGAAAAGGUCGAUAUUCCUUUCGAUAGUCAUUUCAAUCCUGAUCAAACUAAUGCUUUCCGCAAGAUUGUCACUUGUGAGGACUAUGCAUUGAUCUUGGGUAUGCCAGGUACAGGUAAAACUACAUUAAUAGCAUCAGUCAUCAAUUAUUUGGUUAGUCAAGGUAAAUCCAUUUUAUUGGCAUCUUAUACUCAUUCAGCUGUAGAUAACAUAUUACUUAAAGUGAAGAAAUAUAACAUUGACAUUCUUAGAAUCGGACAUCCCUCCAGAGUUCAUCGUGAUAUCCAACAAUAUGUUCCAAAGGAAGAGAACAUCAAUAGUUUUGAAGAUUACCAAGCAUUUUACCAUAAACCAUCAGUGGUAGGUGUCACUUGUCUUGGUAUAAACGACUAUGCAUUCAACAUAAGAACUCAGUUUGAUUAUUGUAUUAUUGAUGAAGCGUCUCAAGUAUCAUUACCAGUCAGUUUGGGACCUUUAAGGUUGGCAGAGAAGUUUGUUUUAGUAGGAGAUCACCAUCAAUUACCACCAUUGGUUCAACACUCCCACCCUAAAGUAAAGAGUGGAUUACUGAGAUCUUUAUUCCAAUACUUGAAUGAUGAAUUCCCUCAUUCUGUUAGUGAGUUGACUUAUCAAUAUAGAAUGUGUGAUGAUAUCAUGCAAUUAUCUAAUGAGAUUGUUUAUGAAGGACGUUUGAAAUGUGGUACAGAAGAAGUAGCUAAUCAAGUAUUAAAGUUAUCUCAUCCUGAUAAUUAUAAGGUUUUAAUUACAGGAGAACGUGACUCCUGGAUGCAAUGGAUAGUCAAAGAACAAAACCGAGUGAUCUUCUUAGAUCAUGAUUUGGUACCGGGAAUGGAAGUAAGUCAUGGAGAAAGGAUUCAAAAUCCUACGGAAGCUUUAUUGAUUUGGCAAAUAGUUGAAGCAUUAACUUUAUGUGGGGUUGAUGAACAUGAUAUCGGGAUUAUGUCACUUUAUAGAGCCCAAUUAUCUAUGUUGACCAAACAAUUUUUAAACAAACCCAACAUCGAAUGUAUGACAGCAGAUCAAUUCCAGGGAAGAGACAAAGAGUGUGUUAUCAUUUCAUUAGUAAGAUCUAAUGAUGAUGGAAAAGUUGGUGAUCUAUUACAGGAAUGGAGAAGAAUCAAUGUUGCUGUAACAAGAUCCAAAUCUAAACUUAUUAUAUUGGGAUCCAAAAAAACUUUAUCCAAUUCCCCUGUACUCAGAAAGUUCAUUGACCUAGUCAUGGAAAAGAAAUGGAUGUACAGAUUACCUCCCAAAGCCACCACAUUCUAUAAAACUUACGAUUCUUUUACUGCAGACGGUGUUAAUAAAACCAUGGGAUCAUCAAGAGCAAAUUCACAAGUUAAACCUUUAACUUCAUCUCGGGCUGUUAAAAACAGCCCCAUAAUUAACGACAUCAUUAAUGACAUAAAAUAG